AUGGUUUUUAAAUUCAACCCAAAUAAAACCUUGAAAGACUUGGAAAAUAGAAUUAAUGAAUUAGAAGAAAGUAAAAAGAUUUACAAAGAAGAAAAUCAAUUGUUAUUCACCUUUUUGUUUGACGAAUUAGGUAGUAGUGAUUUAGAUAAUUUAAGAGAAUUAUUAGCAGGAAAGAAACUUACUGAGAUAAUAGUUGAAUCAGAAAAUCAGAGGCGAAAAAUUCAAAAUUUAACAUCAAAAACAGAGGAAUUUUCAAACUUAUGUAUCCAAUUCAAAUAUUUGGAAGAAAAGUUUGACGAACAUGAAAAAAAAGAUAAAGCCAAACAAGAAACGAUCAAUGAUUUAGAAGCAUUGGUCAGAGAGCAAGGAAUAGCUGUUGAAGUCAAGCAAGUAACUAUCAACGACUUAGAAGAGAAGAUUAAAGAACAAGAAGAACGAGCCAAAGAAAAUAUCAAAAAUUUUGAAGAAACAACUAUUAAAGAGCGAAAAGAAUCUAAAGCUCAGCAAGAAACUAUUAAUGUUUUGGAAGAAAAGGUUAAGGAGCGAGAGAAAGAAGUCAAAGUCAAGAAAGAAAUAAUUAGUUAUUUGAAACAAAAGAUCGAAGAACGUAAUGAAAAUAUUAACUCCAAGCAAAAAAGUAUUAACAACUUGAAAGAAAAUAUUAGAGAACGAGAUGAAUUGACCGAAAGCAGGCAAGAAACUAUUAAUAAUUUAGAAGAAAAGAUUAGGGAGCAAGAAGAAGUAACUGAAAUUAAAGCCAAAACUAUUUAUGCUUUAGAAGAAAAAAUUAAAGAGCGAGAAGAAGAAACCAAAAUUAAAGAACAAGAAGAUGAAGUCAAAGCCAAGCAAUUAACUAUUAAUAAUUUAGAGGAAGAGAAUAAAGAACGAGAAGUAGAAGCCAAUACCAAGCAAGAAAUUAUUAAAGAUUUAAAGGAAAAGAUCGGAGAACGAGAUGAAGAAAUCUUCGAAAAGCAAAAAAUUAUUAAUAUCUUAGAAGAAACGAUUAAAGAACAAGGAGAAGUAGCUGAAGCUAAGCAAGGAGCUAUUUGUAAUUUAGAAGAGAUGAUUAGAAAGCAAGAAGAAGUAAUCGAAUCCAAAGAAAAUACUUUUUAUGAUUUAGAAGAAAAGAUUAAAGAGCGAGAAGAAGAAGCCAUAGCUAAGCAAUUAACAAUCAAUUGUUUGGAAGAAAAGAUUAACGAGCGCGAAGUAGAAACCAAAGUCAAGCAAGAUAUUAUUAGCAAUUUAAAAGAAAAGAUCGGAGAACAAGAUGAAGAGAUUAGCGCAAAGCUUAAUACUAUUAACAACUUAAAAGAAAUAAUUAAAGAACAAGAAACAGUAAGUGAAGCCAAGCAAGAAUCAAUUAAUUAUUUAGAAGAAAAGGUUAAAGAGCAUGAAGAAACAUCUACAGUCAGUCAAGAAACAUUUAACUAUUUCAAAGAGCAAGAAAAAGAAAUUAGAGCCAAACAAGAAAUGAUUAAUAAUUUAGAAGAAAAAAUUAUAGAGCGAGAAGUAGAAGCCAAAACUAUGAAAGAAGUAAUUUAUGAUUUAAAUAAUAAGAUCAGAGUUCGAGAUGAAGAAAUUAACGCCAAAAAAAAUACUAUAAACAACUUAAAAGAAAAGAUUAAAGUACAAGAAGAAGUAAACGAAGCCAAGCAAGAAACAAUUAAUGAUUUAGAAGAGAAGGUUAAAGAGCGAGAAGAAACGGCAAAAGAUAAACAAGUAGCUAUUAAUUAUUUAGAAAAAAUGGUUAAAGAGCAAGAAAAAGAAACUACAACAAAGCAAGAAAUAAUCAAAGUAAUUUGUGAAUUAAAUCUAAAGAUUGAAGAUCAAGAUGAAGCCAAGCAAAAAGCUAUUAACAACUUAAAAGUAAAGAUUAGAGAAAAAGAAGAAGUAACCAAAGCCAAGCAAGAGAAAAUUCGUGAUUUAGAAGAAAAGAUUAUAGAGCGAGAAGUAGAAGCCAAAGCAGUAAUUUAUGAUUUAAAACAAAAGAUCGGUAUUCGAGAUGAAAAAAUUAACGUCAAGCAGAACACUAUAAACAACUUAAAAGAAAAGAUUAGAGUACAAGAAGAAGUAACUGAAGCCAUGCAAGAGUCAAUUAUUAAUUUAGAAGAAAUAAUUAAAGGGCACGAAAAAGAAGAUGAAACAAUAGCAAAAACUACUAAGUUUUUAGAAGAAGAGAUUAGAGAACAGGAAAAAUUAACCAAAGCCAAGCAAGAAACUAUCAAUGUUUUGAAACAAAAGGUUAAAGAGCGAGAAGAAGAAGUUAAAGCCAAGCAGAUAAAUAUUAAUUGCUUAAAGGAAAAGGUUAAAACGCGAGAAGAGGAAGCCAAAACCAAGCAAAGCACCAUUAUCGAUUUAAGAGAAAUGAUCAGGGAACGAGAUGAAGAAAUUAAGGCCAAGCAAAAAACCAUUAAUAACUUAAAAGACUAG